AUGGUUUGCAGAGUAUACUUUGAUAUAAAGAUUGGUAAUGAAAAUGCUGGUAGAAUUGUAAUGGAAUUAUAUACUGAUAAGGUACCAAGAACAGCAGAGAACUUUAGAGCAUUGUGUACAGGUGAAAAAGGUAACACUAAAUCGGGUGUACCAUUACAUUACAAGGGAUCAAUCUUUCAUCGUGUCAUCCCACAAUUCAUGAUACAAGGUGGUGACUUUACCAAUUUUAACGGUACUGGAGGUGAAUCAAUCUAUGGUGAAAAGUUUGAAGAUGAGAACUUUAAGGACAAGCACACCUCUCCAGGUCUAUUGUCAAUGGCCAAUGCUGGUCCAGGUACCAAUGGAAGUCAAUUCUUUAUUACAACUGUCCCAACUCCACAUCUCGACGGAAAACAUGUAGUAUUUGGUAAAGUUAUUAAAGGAAUGAAUGUAGUUAGAAAGAUUGAAAAUAUAGAGACACAACAAGACAAACCAUUGGUUGAUGUUGUCAUUGCUGAUUGUGGAGAGUUGAAAGAAGGAGAGGAUGAUGGUGUACCAUCCAAGGUAUCAACCGACGGUGAUAACUGGGAAGACUAUACUGCCGAUGAAAACUCGGUCAAUGGAGACGAGGAAUAUGUAAAGGUUGCCACCGCCAUCAAAGAGGUUGGCAAUCAAUACUUUAAAAUCAAUCAAAACCAACAAGCCAUUGAAAAGUAUCAAAAGGCUCUUAGAUACUUGGAUGCUGUUGGUAGUGCCGAUGGUCUCAAGGCACAACAAGCAUCAUGCUACCUAAACAUGGCAUUGUGCUACAACAAGUUGAAUCGUCCCAACGAGUCGAUCGACGUCUGCAACAAGGCCCUUGCUAUCCUCCCCAAUGAUGCACGUGCCAUCUUUAGAAGAGCCAAGGCUCACGUCAUCUCCAAGGACUACCAAGAGGCCAUUGCCGACCUCCAAGCUCUCCUAUUGAUCGAUUCCAACAACAGGGAUGCUCAAGUUGAAUUGGAUCGCGUCAAAAAGUUACAAGCUCAACUCGAUAAAAAACAAGCUUCAAUCUAUUCUAAAAUGAAAGCGUGCCGUUUUUCGGCCUCUAUGUCGAUUGGGGCAACACCCCAAAACUGCAUGCAAUACGUUAAAUCAUUAUCUAGACCAGAAGAAUUCAUUUCACUCUUAAAGAUUGGUUACACUGAAUCAUUCAAACCAAAGGCUCAACUUAAAGAGAACUUGGACAACAAGGAAUGGUGUUACGAAUUAUUAAACAAGACAUCUAGAUCUUUUGCUUUUGUCAUUAGUGAAUUGGAACCACAAUUACGUGAUGCUAUUUGCAUUUUCUAUUUAGUUCUUAGAGGUUUAGAUACUGUUGAAGAUGAUACUACAGUGCCAUUAGAUGUCAAGUUACCAGUUAUGCACAAGUUUGCUGAAGGACUUUAUCAACCAGGUUUCAAAGCAAGUGGAUAUGGUACAAAUAAUGAUGAAAGACAUUUAGUUGAAAACUUUGACAAGGUAGUAGAUGUUUUCUUGAGUUUGAAUGAAGGAUUCUGUCCAAUCAUUCAGGAUAUUACCAAGCGUAUGGCCUAUGGUAUGUCUGAAUUCCUUCAAAAGGAGGUUGUCACCAUGCCAGAGUGGGAUCUCUACUGUCACUAUGUCGCAGGUCUCGUUGGUAUCGGUCUCUCCAAGAUCUUCCAUGCAUCUGGUCUCGAAGGCGAAUGGUUUGCCACUGCCGACAAGGAAUCAAAUGAAAUGGGUCUCCUCCUUCAAAAGACUAAUAUCAUUCGUGACUAUCUUGAAGAUAUCAAUGAAAAUAGAAUCUUUUGGCCACGUGAAAUUUGGAGUAAAUACACUGUCAAAUUGGAUAACUUUAAGAAUCCACAAUAUGCUUCAUCUGCAUUACAUUGUUUAAAUGAUUUAAUUACCAAUGCAUUGUCACAUACUAUUGUUUGUUUAGAUUAUAUGGGACGUUUAAAGAAUCCAAAGGUUAUUGGAUUCUGUGCUAUUCCACAAGUUAUGGCUAUUGCAACUCUCAAUGCUUGUUAUAAUAAUCAUGGUGUAUUCACUGGUGUUGUAAAGAUUAGAAAGGGUGAAAGAGCUUUGAUUGUUGAUGCCAUUCAAAGUAAGGGAAUUCAAGGAACCUUUGAAUUGUUUUUCAAGUAUGCUCAUGAAAUGUCGACCAAGGUACCAGCCUCUGAUCCAAAUGCCAAAAAGACUUUGGAAUACCUCAACGAAAUCCAAUCGAUUUGUGUACAAAAGCUCGGUUACAAACCAUCUGGUUUCAAUGAUUUCGGUGGUUAUGAUAUCAUGGCUUCUUUGAGUAUUGCCGCCUCCUCUGCUUUCCUCAUUGCUCGUCAUGGUCCAAACUUUUUCUCUAAACUUUAA